GUACAGUACUUCUAUGUCUUAUAAUUAACUUCUCUGCUACUAGUGAUGGGUGAGAUUUCUGGAACUAAUUUAAACCUCUCCAAAUCCAUGGAAGAAAUUGUUGUUAAUAUCAAAGAAGGUGGUGAGGUCAUAAAUGAAGAGUCCCUCAAUUCUUCUGGUUCUCCAAGAACAAUCAAGAGAGAAGGAUCAGGCUUUUCUGUCUCUGUACCUUUCUUACAGAAGCUGCUAGCAGAGGUGUUUGGUACAUUUUUUAUGGUAUUUGCAGGGUGUGGGGUCAUGGUAGUGAAUGUGAUCAAACCCGGUCAGGUGAGUGUCGUUAGCAUGUCAUUGGUUUGGGGAUUUGGGGCGAUGGCCAUGGUGUACUCUCUGGGUCACAUUUCUGGCGCCCACUUCAACCCCGCUGCCAGCAUAGCCUUCGCUACCUGCGGGAGAUUUCCAUGGAAACAGGUACCAGCCUAUGCAGCUGCACAACUUCUUGGAUCAAUACUUGCAACUAUAACUCUUAGACUACUAUAUGGCACAGAAGAGAGUCUUUAUUUCGGGUCGACACCGUCAGGUUCAGAUAUGCAAGCAUUCGGGAUGGAGUUUAUCAUUGCUUUCUACCUCAUGUUUGUUAUAUCUGGUGUUGCGACCGAUAGCCGAGCGAUUGGAGAACUUGCUGGGCUUGCAAUUGGGGCAAUUGUGAUAGUAGAUGUGAAUAUCGCUGGGUUAAUUUCAGGGUCAUCAAUGAACCCAGCAAGGAGUUUGGGGCCUGCGAUCAUAUGGAACCGUUACAAUUCGGUAUGGGUUUACAUAGUGGCACCGAUAUGUGGGAUGACUAGUGGUGCAUGGGCUUACAAUCUUAUCAGGUUCACAAACAAGCCCUUGCGUGAGAUCACAAGGAGUGGAUCUUUCCUCAAGAGUGUAGGUUCAUUACGAAAGAUCUCUAAUCCAAAGACAAAACAAGAAUUUCCUCUGUAGUAAUCAUGU